GACAAGACUAGAUCUGUGCAGUGCCUGUUGUAAACCUGUGCUUGCGAAGAAACAGUCACUUUGCGAAUAACAAGACAGUUGGAGAGUCGUCUAGGGUGAUUCUAGGACCGUCAAGCCUGAUCUUGAACAUUCUAAGGGUCUCAGCUUCCACUACAAGUCCUGGACAUGGCUGAAGGGGAAUUGGAUGUUGUGGUUGUCGGCUCCUGUAUGACUGACCUUGUGAGCCAGGCACCCCGACUGCCCAAGGCAGGAGAGACCAUCCACGGACAUAAAUUCUUCAUCGGCUUCGGUGGCAAAGGAGCGAACCAGUGCGUGCAAGCCGCUCGUCUGGGAGCCAAGACUGUCAUGCUCUGCAAGGUGGGGAAGGACUUCUUUGGAGACAACUACAUUCAAAACUUCAAAAAUAAUGGUGUAUCCACAGAGUUUGUUGGGCAGACAGACAAAGCAGCAACCGGUGCUGCCUCCAUCAUCGUGAAUGAUGCAGGGGAGAACGCCAUCGUGAUUGUCGCCGGUGCCAAUAUGCUGUUGGGGUCUGAGGAGCUGCAGCAGGCGUGGCCAGCUCUGGGCGGGACCAAGGUGCUGGUUUGCCAACUGGAGAUCAGCCCAGACACCUCACUGCAGGCUCUUCGCAUGGCUCGGGAGAGGCAGGUGAGGACGAUCUUCAACCCAGCACCUGCCAUCCCAGACCUGCACCCUGACUUCUAUAAAGCCUCUGACGUCUUCUGCUGCAACGAGCCAGAGGCGGAGCUGCUGACGGGCGUGGCAGUUGGCAGUGUGGAAGAUGCCGGAAAGGUUGGGGCGGAGCUGCUGAGGCGGGGGUGCGGCUCGGUGAUCGUGACACUGGGGCCCCAAGGCUGCGUGGUGGUGUCGUCACAGGACCCCUCCCCUCGGCACGUCCCCACGACGCCGGUCACUGCGGUGGACACCACGGGAGCCGGAGACAGCUUCAUUGGUGCUCUCGCAUUCUACAUGGCACGCUACCCCACAAUGCCCUUGGAGGAAAUGGCCAGGAGAGCCAAUCUGGUAGCAGCAGUAAGCGUGCAGGCGGUGGGAACACAGACAUCUUACCCCUCCCGCAAGGACCUGCCCCAGGAGCUCUUCUAGAACUCACAUACACACUUACACACUCACUCCUUCCAGCCAUCCCAUUCAUACUGGCCUGCAUCUUAUCUACUGUACAGAUCAAAAAGAUAUCCUGACAAUGUGAGGCAUCACUGUUUCAUUCCGGGCUGUGGGAAUAUGGACCUUACUUGACAAAAG